AACUGGAAAAGGAAUGGAAUAUUUUAUUGUCAUAUCUGACAAGGCUCAGUGAAAUUCUUUCAUGGCAAAUGUAAUCCUAUUAAACAAUGGUCUUGAAUGCUUAAACUUUGUAUUGUUAAAAUGAUGUGUGAUCCUCACUGAAAUUACUUCUGUCUGUGCCUUGGCGUUUCUUUUUGUUUCACAGUCCUGCCAGUCUCAUUUGUACAUCACUUUAUCUUUUUUUAUUUGUCUGCCUCUCUUUCUCACUGUUGUUUGCUCAUUCUGUUUAUCACUUCCCCGAGGGGAAGAUUGCAAGGCAGCAGUGUGCUGCAAUUGGCCAGCCCACUGCCGUGUACAGCUCCCAUCUCUACAAGCACCGUGAUGCUGGGUAACAGUUCUCAGGGAGUCUCCAAGACCACAACAGCAUUCCUGUUACAAAGCUGCACAUGCUCCCGAGCUUCUAACCUUUUCUGAUCAUCACAGAGCAGCUGAAUCGAGGAGAGUCCCUACUUCCCUUUGCUGUCUCGAAACGUUAAACUCCCUAGCAACGGGGAAAACAUCCCUCAAAGUGAGAAUCCUAAGCUACCUAGCAACUAAACAAUGUCAUUUAGUGCCUUUCCAACUUCCAGAUUUGAAAGGAGACCGGUGUCAUUGCACAAAGACUGAGGCUGAAUCAAGGAUAAAGCAACACUGGACGAGGAUUAAUGGUCUCAGGGCACAGCUGAAAGGAUGUCUGCGCUCCGUCGGAAAUUCGGGGAAGACUACCAAGUUGUCAAUACUUCCAGGGGUUCCACCUACAACGCUCCCAUAAAAAAGAAAAGACAAAGGUUUGUUGACAAGAACGGUCGUUGUAACGUGCAGCAUGGGAACUUAGGCGGAGAGACAAGUAGGUACAUUUCUGAUUUGUUCACAACUUUAGUGGAUCUGAAGUGGCGAUGGAACCUCUUAAUUUUCAUUAUGACUUACACGAUAGCCUGGCUAGUGAUGGCUUCAAUGUGGUGGAUCAUAGCCUACAUCCGUGGAGACAUAGAUCAGACCCACGGUGAGAACUACACUCCGUGUGUGGCCAAUGUCUACAACUUUCCAUCCGCUUUUCUUUUCUUCAUAGAAACAGAAGCCACCAUUGGUUACGGCUUCAGAUACAUCACCGAGAAAUGCCCCGAGGGCAUCCUCCUCUUCUUGUUCCAGUCCUUGCUUGGCUCCAUUGUGGAUGCCUUUCUGAUCGGGUGCAUGUUCAUGAAAAUGUCCCAGCCAAACAAAAGGGCAGAGACUUUGAUGUUCAGCCGCAGCGUAGUCAUCUCCCAGCGCGACGGCAAAAUGUGCCUGAUGUUUCGAGUAGGGAACCUUAGAAACAGCCAUAUGGUCUCUGCUCAGAUGAGAUGCAAAGUGAUAAAGUCCAGGCAGACCCCAGAAGGAGAGUUCUUACCCCUGGAUCAGUGUGAGUUGGAUGUCGGCUUUGGCACUGGUGCCGACCAGCUGUUCCUUGUUUCACCUCUGACUAUUUGCCAUGAAAUAACCCCUGCCAGCCCCUUCUUUGAUCUAUCCCAACGAUCUCUCCGAAGUGAUCAGUUUGAGAUUGUGGUGAUACUGGAAGGAAUUGUCGAGACUACUGGAAUGACGUGUCAAGCAAGGACAUCGUACACGGAAGACGAAGUUCUUUGGGGCCAUAGGUUCCUUCCGGUCAUGUCCUUGGAAGAAGGCUUUUUCCGUGUGGACUAUUCCCAGUUCCAUUCCACGUUCGAGGUCCCCACUUCUCCGUACAGCAUAAAGGAACAAGAGGAGAAGCUUUCCCUGACAUCGCUCAGCGCCACCCCUUCCAUCGGCAACAGCAAGAACAGGAAGGAGCGAAUCUUCUCCCUGGAUUGCAUCAAUACCCUGGAGGAAAGGAGCAGCAGACUGCCAUCCAAGCUGCAGAAAAUGAGUUCCUGCAAGGAAGAGAUUCAGAUGAAGGUCCUGAGAAUGACUGCAGAUAUAGGAGAGAAAACGUGCAGCACUGGUGAUCUCCCUCUGAAAGUGCAGAGGAUAAGUUCAAUUGCCGACAAUGCUGGUGUUGAGGAAAGACUCCCUCUGAAGGCCUUCAAUGCCAUUUCCGAAUCCAUCACUCAAUCGACGGGAGAUCUGCCACAUGCCCUACAACCUGCAGGGUCACGAAUGGAGGGCAAUUUACCUGCCAAGCUGAGAAAAAUGAAUUCUGAUCGUCUCUUUUAGAAGCAGACAAUGGAAAAAGGCACAAUCUCUCUUGGAGGUGAUCUGUAAAACCUCAGAGAUUUAAGACUCACAUUGAAACGGAUUGAGGAUUUAAAUACACUUAGUUAAUGUUGGCUUGCAAAAUCACGUGACUACAAUGUUUUAACUGGAAGGACAAUAUGAAAUUAUGUGUUGUAUACGCUUCAUAGUCAGAAUACUAAAUUAGCCUAAAGUAAGGACACAUAUGAAAGAGGAAUGUGUUGUUUUUCUAGAGCAAAGUUUACUUUGGGUUAAAGUCUUGAGUAAAACUAAUUUGUAGAGCUCUUCUUGAGGAUAGAUUGAUAACCUUUAAUCAACUCUCCUCAGUCUGUCACACUGGUGAUCAGUUCCCUAAGAUUGAUAUCUAACCUAUGCCAAGUUAACCUAUCUCAAUUGCGUGAAAGUGGAAGCUUAAAGCUGAUUUUAACAUCCUCUGGCUAAAGAAGAAAAAAUCAACCUGAUCUUCACUUCCAAUUGAAGUCUCUCGUUUUUAAUGUAGUGUUCUUACUAUUGACUAGGUUCAACAGCAUUAGUGAACUGAGGUAAAAUGAAAAGAUUUUUAAAACCGACACAUUACUGCAGCAAUUGUACCAUGUCAAACCAUCUCCACAUUGUGUCCGACCCAAAAUCAUACUUUUUCUUAGUCGGUCAAGGAAAUGAAGCUUUAUCAAAAUAAAUAGGUAAGCAAACAUUUGAAUUUCAUACUGAAAGUAACGGAAACACUGACACUUGUUCAGUCAUCAUUGUUCGUGUUAGAAAGAUUAGGACACUUACCUGCGUUUGGCCCAUAUCCCUCUAAACCUGGCCUAUCCAUGUACCUGUCUAAAUGUUUCUUCAACGCUGCGAUAGUACCUGUCUCAACUACCUCCUCCGGCAGCACGUUCCAUACACCCACCAUCCUUUGUGUGAAAAAGUUACCCUAUUCAUUCUUUCCCACCUCGCCUUAUACCAAUGUCCUCUAGUACUCAAUUCCCCCACUAUGAGCACGAGACUCUGUGCGUCUACCCGAUCAACUGCUCUUUAACAAGAAUGCCAAGUUCUCAGAGGGAGUGAUGAGCAGAUUUAUCACAAUGGUGUCAAGAAUAAAAGAAAGAUUUCAAGAUUUAGAGGAAACUAAAAGAGUUUGGAACAAUUUGAAAUUUUCAAUGCCUUGAAGCUUUCAUGAAGGUUGGUACUGGACUAAACAAGAAGAAACCUGCCACUCAUGUAAUGUAAUGCUUGAUAAAUAAAGGAUGCAACUUCAUAGUAAUUAGCAAUGAACCAGAAGGGCCACUUGAUUUUAAAGGCAUUGAAUUCUUAGCACCUGGAAUACGAUUGUAGAAAAAGUUGUAGAGACAUAUUUAAUAAUAAUUUAAAAAAGGGAUUUGAAGCAACAGCAGGAAUUUGGGGUUGGGGUGGAGGUGAUGAAACAUAGAAACAUAGAAACAUAGAAAAUAGGUGCAGGAGUAGGCCAUUCGACCCUUUGAGCCAGCACCGCCGUUCAAUAUGAUCAGGGCUAAUCAUCUAAUAUCAGUACCCGAUUCUUGCUUUUUCUCCAUAUUAUUGAUUCUUUUAGCCCUAAGAGCUAAAUCUAAUGCACUCUUGAAAACUUCAACUAAUUUGGUUGCAAUGAGGUUGCAAUGCAAUGAAUGAGUCGCAUGGCACAAGGGUGACAAGUGACCAGAUAAGUGUUAGCUGUGCUGCAGCAAGAUUAAGUAACAGGUCUGCAUUGUGUUCAGGAUAGACAAGUUAACAACUCUCAGUCAGCUCCAGUGAUCUGUGACCGAGCACCAUAGGCGAGAAUAUUCGAGGCUAAAUAUAUUUUUUAAGAUUUUAGCUGAAAUUUUUUUUUAAUCCUGCAGUCAUACAGUGUAAUUUGAAUCAAGACAGGAUGAUCUGCUGAUGCUGGAAUCUUGAGUAAAAAACAAAGUGCUAGAGGAACUCAGCAGGUCAGGCAGCAUCUGUGGAGGGAUUGUGUAGGAAAGAACUGCAGAUCCUGGUUUAAAACGAAGAUAGACACAAAAGGCUGGAGUAACUCAGCAGGACAAGCAGCAUUUCUGGAGAGAAGGAAUUGGUGAAGUUUCGCGUCGAGACCCUUCUUCAGACUGGCCAAAGAAAAUUCAACUCAAUUCAAUUCAAUUCAGCUUUAUUGUCAUUGCACAAAUACGAGCAUAGGUACAACGAAAUGCAGUUUAGCGUCUGGUCAUAGUGCAAGAUAGUAGAAGUAAAAAUAAAAAAUACAAAAUAAAAAUACAAAUAAAAAUAAAAAUACUGGUUAACAAUGUGUGGGUUGUGGAUGAAUUAAACUGGUACAUAGGCAAAUAACUGUAUACAAAUGGGAGAAUCUGCCAGAAAACUAGUCUGAAGAAGGGUCUCAACCUGAAACGUCACCCAUUCCUUCUCUCCGGAGAUGCUGCAUGUCCCGUUGAGUUACUCCAGCUUUUUGUGUUUAUCUGUGGGGGGAUUGGACAGACUGAAAAGGGUCCCAAUCCGAAACAUCAUCUGUCCGUUCACUUCACAAAUGCUGCCUGACCCGCUGAGUUCCUCCAAUCAUCCAGGACCCGAGGGCUUUAGCUAUUGGGAGAGGAUGGGCAGAUUAAGACUUUACUUCUUGGAGCACAGGAGGCUGUGAUGCAUAAAUACAUCACAGUAUAGAGAUGCAUACAAUUAUGAGUGGAAUAGAUGGGGUGAAUGCACAGUCAUUUCCCAGGAUAGGGGAAUCAAGAACUGAGGGAAAAGGUUAAAGAUGAGAGGGGAAGAUGAUGAUUUUUAUGCAACUUUAUCUCACAGAGGAUUUUGGAUAUAUGAAAAAGCUGCCAGAUGAGUAAUUGAGGGAUGUAAAAUAACAACAUUUAAAAGACACUUGGACAGAUACGUAGACAGGAAAGGUCAAACGCGGCUAAAUUAGAUUAGCUUGGAUGGUCAUCUUGGUUUUGCAUGGACGAAUUGGCCAAAGGACCUAUUUCCAUCUGCAUGACUAUAACUGCCCAUCUAUCAUCCCCUUCCUUUUAAAUGUUCAGAGACUUUGUUUCUUACACCCUUUGAAGAAGCAAACUCCAGAACCUCUGAGAAUUUUUUUUUUUGCCUCAUUUUAAGUUGUUAGCAGGACUUUUAUCAAAAGUCUAGGUUGGUGUGGAGAUCAUUUCCUCUGAAUGGAUAAUCAAUCUGGUCCAGUGAGUUUCGUCACGGUGCUCCAGUUUCCUUCCACAUCCCCAAAACAUGGGUGUUUGUAAGAUAAUUUGUAUCUGUAAAUUGUCCUUCGAGUGUAGGGAGUGGAUGCGAAAGUGGGAUAAAUAUUCACGUUAUUCACAUUAUUUCCUUUAUCGUGUAACUGUACGGUUUGGAUGGCUCGAUUGUAGUCAUGUAUUGUCUUUCCGCAAAAGAUGUUGGUUAACACGCAACAAAAGCUUUUCACCGUACCUCGGUACAUGUGACCUUAAACUAAACUAAACCCAGUGGGCCAAAGGGUCUCAUGCCAUGCUGUAUCUCUAAACUAAACUAAAAUUGGAUAAUGGAUUGGCUUUUUAAGAUAAAGAUGAGGAAAAUAAAUAUUUUUGCAAAAGGUUGUGUAUCAUUGCAUUUCUCACCUCCUGAGUGCAGUAGUGUUUGGUCAUUGAGUGUCUUCAAGGCUGAGAUGGAUAAGGGUUUGAACAUUGGGAAUCAUUGUGUGUGAAGAUCUGAAGGGAUAGUGUUCUUGAGGUGAUCAACCAUUACCUUUUUGAAUGGCAGGGCACACUCCAGGGAAGUUGUGUUGCUAUGGCAUACAUUCUAAAACAACCAGGGAAAUUUGACAGAGCGCCAGUUAUCAAGUUCAGUUACUGAAACACUUCUUAUUGAGGUUUGGAGAGGAAAACCAAAUUACCUUCUUCGCAAAGAGGUGAAGUUUGAACAAUCUCAUCAGAAAAAGAUGCCUGUGACAUAUUUAAAUAACACAAAAAGAAAUGGAAUGAAGCUGUAAGCUCACAAUAUCCAUUAGUUUGCCAUUGAAGAGACAAUUAGUUCUUGCUAGAAACUAAAAGGAUUAAAGCUGCAUUUCACAAAAGAAAAGUUACAUCGAUUCAUUCCGUUGAAUUUACUGAUGUCUUUUCAGCAAUAUUUCAUUUAUGGUUAUGUUGAGUGACGUGCUUAUUUGAUUUAAACUGUGGCACAAACUCCAUACCCAACACCCAAUAUGGGAGCACCUUUACCAGAGGGACCACAAUGUAUCGAGAUGGUAGUUCACCCCCACUUCUCCAGAGCUUUUAGACAUACGCAAUAAAUACUGGCCUUGUCCACAAUGCCCACAUCUUGGAAAUGGAAAACAUUUAAAAAAAAAGCUUCUAUGAAAUAGAAAUCCUCCGAAAAUUGCUAUUCAGUUGUUUUCUAAUCUUGUUUUAUUUUGUUGGAGUCAGUCUACAGAUGCAAACCCAAUGAUAGGCAAGGCCCAGGGAACUAUAGAGCCUUUCCAAUCAGAAGUGAAAAACCUCACCAUGGAAUCAUCUUUUCUCUAAAAUUUGAAGGCCGUUAAAUAUCAAACAAGGGAUGUUUGCAUUUAAAAGUAAUGUAAAAUGAAAAAAAAACUUUGAUAAGAGAUUAUUAAAAACAAUUGAAUGCACUUAAAUUAGCUCAAUGAAACGCACUUAACUCAAUAAUAUAUAUAAAUAUAAAUUGUGUCCCCACCCUUCCUUGUAGAUAACAAACUGUUGGAGGAACUCAGCAAGUCAGGAAACAUCUACGGAGGGAAUGGAUAGGUGAUGUUUUUGGUCGGGACCCUUCUUCAGACUGAUGAAGUAGGGUGAGAAAGCAUGGUAAGUGAUAGGUGGAUACAGAUAAGGGAUUGGCAUAUGGGUGGAGUAAGUGACAAAGGCUAGAGGUGAAAUGGAAACAAAAUGGUGUCAGAUAAGGAAAGAAGGAGUUAAAUGUAAAGCUGAAGAAAGAGAAGGAAUAUAUGA